AUGGCCAACGCCAUGUUAGUGGGAAUUCCUCCAGUGUUUGGCCUCUACACCUCAUUCUAUCCGCUCAUCAUCUACUUCAUCUUCGGCACAUCCAGGCACCUCUCGAUCGGUAGUUUUGCUUUCCUGGCCAUCAUGAUUGGGUCUGUGACAGCCAACGUGGAGUUGCUAAGCAACGGUGUGGAAGAGAGUCAGAUUGAUGUGGAAGCAGCCAAAGUGAACGUGGCCGUGCAACUCACCUUCCUCUGUGGUCUUAUACAGCUCCUGCUGUACCUGGUGUGUGGAGGUGGUGUGUGUCGCUGGCUGUCUGAUCCUGUAAUCAGAGGCUACACCACAGCAGCAGGUAUGCAUGUGGCCGUCCUGCAGCUGCCACUGAUGACUGGAAUACCUGCACAGAGACACACUGGACUGCUGCCUUCAGCUUGGGUUUUAAGGGAUGUCCUGCAUGGAGUGACCAGCGCUGUACCAGGAGCUCUGUCAGUCUCCGUGUUAUCCAUAGUGAUACUCACCGGAGGCAAGAUGCUGAAUGAGCGCUUUAAGAACAAGCUGCCUGUCGCUGUACCGUGGGAACUUAUACUGAUUGUUCUGGCCACCGUCCUGUCGGUGCAGAUGGACCUGGCUGCUCAGUACAGAGUCCAGGUGGUGGGACACAUACCCAGUGGCCUGUCUUCCCCAGUCCUUCCCCCUCUCUCUCAGGCCACAGACCUCUUCAUCCCUGCUCUGUCUUUGGCUCUGGUUGGCUUCAGUUUCCACUCUGCCUUGGGCUCAGUGUUCGCCCACAAACACGGCUACCGUGUGGACUCCAGUCAGGAGCUGCUGGCUCUGGGUUUGUGUAACACCAUAGGAGGGAUGUUCCAGUGUUUUGCAGUCAGCUGCUCCUUCUCUCGCAGCAUGGUCCAGGAUAGUAUUGGUGUCAAAUCACAGUUGGCAGGUUUGGUAUCAGCUCUGAUGAUUCUAACCAUCUUGUUGAAGAUCGGUCAUCUCUUUGAACAGCUGCCAAAGGCAGUGCUAGCAGUGAUCAUCGUGGUGAACCUGCAGGCGAUGCUGGCUCAGUUCAAAGAUGUGUGUGUGCUCUGGAAGUCUGACAGAUUAGACCUGCUGGUGUGGGUAGCCUCCCUGAUUUCCACGCUGAUCUUUAACCUGGACCUGGGUCUGGCUGUGGCAGUCGGCUUCUCUCUGCUCACACUCAUCUACAGGACACAACACUCCUCCACUGUUGUCUUGGGUCGUAUUCCUGGUACAGACUGUUACAGAGAUGUGGGACUCUACACUGAGGCGAAGCAGCUUCCUGGCAUGACUAUACUCUACUGUUCCAGUCCUAUUUACUUUGCCAACUCUGAACUGAUCUUCACAGAGAUCAGACAGACAGUGAGUCGUGACCAGAAGGAGAACCCAGCUGGAGUCCACACCGCUGCCUCGUCCUCCUCAUCUUCCUCGGCCUCCUCGGCCCAGACAUUGACACACACUCAUUGCUUGGUCCUGGAUCUCAGCUCGGUCAGCUUCAUGGACUCUGUGGCCAUGACAGCACUUUGCAAGGUUGCAGAAGACUUGGAAGUCCAGGGUGUCAGUGUGUUUCUGGCAGCGUGCCCAGAGAGAGUUUUAUCCCAGCUCCAGAUGCAGGGUUGUAUAGCAGACAGCCUGCCCAGCUCCUGUCUCUUCCCAUUGGUCCAUCAUGCUGUCCAGCGCUGCCUCAGGAUCCUGCCCAGGCCUCUGGAGGAAAUCAACCCUGAUGCGAGUCAAUGUUGAGCCUACAACGUGUCUUAGCUGCUGACAAGUCAUCUGCUCAAGAUAAGAUGCCACACAGAACAACCACAGC